GGUGGCAAAUUUGUAAUUGUAGGAGCUGCGCAACAACACACAAUUCUGACUGACCGUUAAUGCUUGGAGCGAAAGAAGUUCGUCAUCUCUUAUCUGCACAAAAUAGAACAACAACACAGUUUUCCAUUUCCAUACCCAUUUAUUUCUCUCUCCAUGGCAUUCUCUGCUACUUUCUCACACAGCUCUUUCCCACGCUUCUCUUACUUUUCAGACACACAUAGAAGAAGCCCUCUUUGUUUUCUGUCCGUUAGAGCUGUUAAAUCUGCAGAACCAGAAAAAGAGAAAAAGGCACCCCAACCCAAAACUAAAGAAGAUCCUUCAACAUCAACUUCAACUGCUUCUUCUACUCCUAAGAAGAUUCUCAAAAAGGAAAAGCCUGUCUAUUCAAUGAAGAAGGGCCAAAUUGUGAGGGUGGAUAAAGAAAAGUAUCUCAAUAGUGUAAAUUAUCUAUCAGUUGGGCAUCCACCUUACUACAAAGGCUUGGAUUAUAUAUAUGAAGAUCGUGGUGAGAUCUUGGACCUACGCAUCUUCGAAACAGGAGAGUAUGCACUGGUAGCAUGGGUUGGGAUUCCAACGGCACCAGCUUGGCUUCCAACGGAUAUGCUUAUUGAGUCAGAGAAACUCAAUUAUGAAAGAUUGUGAGGUAGGUUCUGAAGAAGAAGCUUUGAAUAAGCUUAUGAUGAUUUUCAUAGGUUUUUCUUUUACAUCAGAAGGCAUAUCAUUCAGUUCCGGAUAUCUGUCUUUAUUUAUCAAGACCGGUGUUCUACAUAUACAUGGCCAGUACUUUAUUGAAUGAGAUUUAUCCAUGUGUAGGAGAAGGAACUAUGAUAUAUUAUUUAAAUUUGCUAAGAAUAUUUUGUCAACUGCAAGAUAUUCUUUAUCUCGCAUGAUUGUAUAUUUGGUCUAACUGAUUGAUUAUAUAUUGUAUGUUUCUACUUGUUUUACCCAAAGAAAACCCACUUCAAGAAAA